AUGGCCACCCCCCGGCGAUGGAGUCCCAUGCUCAUCUUCACCACCUUCGUGCUGGCCCUGUCGGCCUUCAACUACGGCUUCAGCGACCAGGCGUUCUCGUCAUGCCAGGCCAUGGACGCCUUCACCCACCAGUUCGGGUCCUACAACGCCAAGAAGAAGGAGUAUAAGCUGCUCCCGCUGGACACCUCGCUGUACAACAGCAUCAAGGCGGGCACGCAGAUCAUCGGGGUGUUCCUCGGUGGCUACAUCAGCAACACCUACGGACGACGGUGGUGCAUCUUCUCCAUGAACCUGUAUGCCCUGGGCAGUGCCUCGGUGGUCGUCAGCUCCACCACCAUCGGCCAGCUGCUGGCGGGUCGAGCGUUGCACUAUAUCUACCUAGGAAUGACCAUGGCCGUGAUCCCGACCGCACUGGCGGAACUGGCCCCGGGCCGAAUCCGUGGUGCGAUGGGGGUGCUAUACUGGCUGAGCAUCAAGAUCGGCGGACUGGUGGUCACGGGCAUCGCGCGAGGCACAUCGGGCAUCACCAACAACUCGGCGUGGCAGAUCCCCUUCGGGCUGAUUCUCAUCGUGCCAUGCAUCGUCCUGAGUCUGGUCUGGUUCACCCCGGAAUCGCCACGCUGGCUGCUCCUGCGUGACCGACAGGAGGACGCCUUGACCUCCCUGACCCGGCUGCGACCGGAAAGCGCCUCCCUCCAAGACAUCCAGAAUGACUUCGAGGAACUGUCCCAGAAGGUGGCCGCGCAGAUGCAGAAGAGGCGCUUCAAGGACCUGUUCACCCCGACCAACCGGAUGCGGACGUUUGUGGUGGUCGCGGCCAACUUCUUCCAGCAGGCGUCGGGACAGGCGUUUGCCUCGCAGUAUGGCACCGUGUUCGUCAAGGAGCUGAAGUCGGUGAACGCGUUCAGCAUCACGCUGGGGACGAACGCCGUGGAUAUCUUUGCUCUGCUCAUAUCGACGGGCCUGAGUGAUGUCGUGGGACGGAGGAUGCUGUUCCACACGAGUGCCUUCCUCGAGACCACCUCGCUGCUGACGAUGGGCGGGCUGGGAACCGCCGACUCCUCGAACAAGGGGGCCAAGGAAGGCAUUGUGGCCAUGCUGCUGCUCUACAGCUUCGGCUGGUCUCUGGCCUGGGCUCCCCUCGUGUACGUGCUGGGAGCCGAGCUUCCGUCGGCACCGCUGCGAGAGAUGACCCUGCAGAUUGCGUACACGGUCAAGCUGCUGACAGAAUUCGCGGUCACCUUCUCGUACCCGUAUCUUGAAACGGCCGACACCCCGGGCCAUGUCGAUAUUGGGGGUAAGCUCGGGUUCAUCUACGGCUCGUUGGCGGCCGUGUCGUUCGUCUUCGGGUGGUUCUUCAUCCCCGAGACGCAGCGGAUGGAGCUGGAGGACCUCGACCGGAAGUUCGCCUCGUCGUCGGAUGAGGAUGAACCGACCAAGGUGGUGUAUCGUCUUGAUGCGGAAAAACGCGCGCAGACUGAGCAGUAG